AUGUUAUUUAUUGUAUUAAUUGGGCUGUUCUGUGAGUGCUGUGCUUUGUCCAACUACUAUGAGUCUUAUACCGGAAAUAAGAUAACUGAGGAGGAGUAUAAACAGCAUGUGAAAAGGAAUACUUCUUUCUGGUGCACCGUCGAGGUCCUGCCAUGUGAUCCACGCGAAGGUCGAAGGAUCGAUGGGUCUUGCAACAAUUUGAAGUACUUUACAAUUGGUUCAAAUCGCACGCCAACAUAUAGAAUGCUACCUGCUUCCUACAGCGAAGGUUUUGAGCCGCGGCUAAGUAAACGUGGUGAAACGAUGCCCUUAGCUCGUGCUGUAAGAACCAACAUCUUGCUGGAAGGUCAUGUCCCAGAUCGGCAGUUCACGCAGAUGCUAACACACUUUCUAGUCUUCAUCGUUGGAGAUUUUGUGUCUGUUCAGGACACGAUAAACUACGUGCUGUGGACACCAUAUUGUUGUACUGAGAAGGGCAAGAGUGACUACAUGUGCACGCCGAACUCCGUCCCUAACGACGAUCCUGUGCACAGAUUCUCAAAUGUUCGCUGCUUGAACAUGACGAGACCGGGAUCGUACCAGAGAAACGGCUGUGCCCCAAACAAUACUGUGCCUGAGCGGACGAUUUCAGGAACGCCAUCAUUCGAUUUGUCCAACAUAUACGGUAACAGUAUGGCGUCUUUGAACGAGAAAGGGAGACUUUUUGAAAAAGGUUUACUAAAGUACGAAAUAGAGGACGGUAAAAUGUGGCCACCUAGUAUUAAGGGACCAAAUUUGUGUUACGCGAAUCAACCACCGCGCGAAACCAGAUGUCAUGAUACACCGGAACGUGGAUCAAACGCAAUCGUCGGAGCAAAUAUAAUAACAAUUUGGAUCUGGCGAUACCACAACGCAAUUGCGACUGCCCUAGCCAAUAUCAAUCCUUGCUGGAAUGACGAAAGACUCUUCUUCACCACCAGGGAAAUAGUCAUCGCUGCAAUCAUUCAGAUAUUCUACUAUGAAUUGUUACCUUUGAUGAUGGGUCGCGAUAACCUGAUCCGAGAUGGUGUUAUUUCCCCGGAUUUGGGUUUUAGAGACAUCUACGACAGCAACUAUGCUCCACAAAUUUCCCUGGAAUAUCCAUUUGCCUGGAGAUGGACACACACAAUACAAGAAGGGAAUAUCAAAAUGUAUGACAACAAGGGGUACCACUUAAAAGACAUGAAAUUGGUCAACAUGACACUGAGGACUGCCUACGUGGUUGAGAAUAUCGAUGGCAUCACUCAAGGUGCCAUAAGACAACCAAUGGCUAAAUUUGAUAAGGCUGUUGAUUUUGACAUGGCUGAGGUUGUUUUAGGUCCUCAUCAGUACGCGAGUGACGUCUUCACCAGCGACCUGGCUAAAAACCGCUAUUUCUUCCUAGCACCUUACAUAAAAUACAGGGAGUAUUGUUUUGGUGAAAGAAUACGGAGUUUUGAUGAUCUCGUCCAUAUGUUUGACCCCGAUAGCAUAGAACUUCUGAAAGAGUCGUACAAGGAUGUCGAAGACAUAGACCUCAUAGCCGGUAUGUGGUUGGAAAAGUACAUCCCUGGUGGGACUGUACCAGGUACCUUCUACUGCAUAAUUGCUCAGCAGCAACUACGGUCUGUAGUGUCUGAUAGACAUUGGUACGAGAGACCAAAUAGACCUAAUGCCUUCACUCUUGAUCAAUUAUUGGAGAUACGAAAGUCGUCAAUGGCUGGACUCUUGUGUGCCGUGGGCGACUCGAUAACAGAAGUACAACCUCACGCCUUUGUCAGAGCCGGACCGGGAAAUGAAAUGCGUGACUGCACUCAAAUUAAGCAGUUGAAUAUGCUGGCGUGGCGCGACAAAAGCUGCAGAGUAAAUCAAUGGGGAAAAUAA